AGUCCUAUAAGAAAAUUUGGUUGAUAUAUAUAUAUUAUUUUCUCCAGUUGAACCACUUCAGAUGCGCACUGUUCGCCACGUGGGUUUUGGUUGGUGCCUUCCACAUGCGACACGUCUGCAUUCAGCACACUAUGAACGCAUCAGAAGAGCUGAUGCUAGAAAGAAGACGCAAUGCUGGCUGUGUGGGAGUUUUUCACAGUGGAAAAAAAAAAGAGGACAUCAGAACUGCAGUUUGCAACACCUGCCUAUGUGAGGUAAUGCGAGGAGGCAGUAGAACAAAAAACUUCAAUACAACUAAUUUAAUUACUCAUCUGAUGUUUUGCCAUCCCGGAAUUUAUAACGAUUAUCCGACAAAUGUUACUGCCAAACAAACAACAGCACUACCCAUUAUCAACGUUAGCCAGUACAACAAACACUACAGUAUGAUGAAAUUCCACAAGGAUAGUGCCAAAACAAAAGCUAUCACAUGCAAAGUUAUGGAAAUGAUUGCACUUGAUGACCAGCCUUUCAGCAUUGUUCAGGACCAUGGAUUUCGUUGGCUCACCAAAUUUAUUGAACCCCGCUACUCUCUCCCUAGCUGACGGUUGAUGUUUUGCUCCCCGCUUUAUACAUAUCCGUACGCUUUUGAGCAAAAAUGUAACCGAUAUGAGUUUUACUACUGACAUACAGCGUUCUGACAGAGAGGAAUGCUGCAUGCACAAGAAUGCUUAGGCUCUCUCUGCCAUAGCACUCAGGAGCAUGUUAUUUCAGCAGAACCUAACGAAAGAUAAGGUGCAUGUUGUGUUCUGAGAUAACGCCCAAAAUAUGGCUGAAGCCGUGGAAGAUUGUGGUUUGAACAGUCUUGGUUGCAUGGCUGAUACAUUUCAGUUAACCGUAAACGAAGGAGUUCUGAGCCAGCGCAGAAUUUCCGACUGUACGGCGAUAGGGAGAAUUUAUCCCAAAAUUUACGGCACAUGCAUUUUGAUUCUUUCUGUAAGUAAUGUUGUCCAAUGAUUGUUUUCAUUAUUUAUGCAUUAUUUUAUUUUUUGUCAGCCAAUAGAUUUUUUCUUUUAUAAAGAAAGUUGGCCAUAUGAAUGUAAAAUUAAUUUUAAAAGAUAAGGAAUCUUUAACUGGUUCAAAGUAAGCUACAUUUGGUAAAUGAUUUUGGGAAAUGAAAGAAACGUCGCCAUGUAGUUUCCUUGUUUUUUGCAGUUAAGGUAUUAAAAUAAAAGCAGUUGUCCACUGUACAUGUUUGCCUGAAUCAGACUCUCAAAACUUUAUGUCAAGGUUUAGAUUCAUAUCUGUUAUCAGCUUCCAAAUAUAAAGAAUUAUCAGUAUCGGCGCCUUCUUAAUUUUAUACACACACACACACACACACACACACACACACACACACACACACACACACACACAGAGCGGAUAUAACAAGUCUACACACACCUGUUAAAAUAGCAAGUUUUUGUGAUGUAAAUAAAUGAAACCAAGAUAAAUCAUGUCAGAACUUUUUCCACCCUCAAUGUGAAAUUACAACGUAUAAAAAUUGAGGGAAAACCAGAACCAUUUUAGGGAAAAAUAAAAAAAAAAAGGAAAAAUAAAAAACUUACAAUAACCUGGUUGCAUAAGUGUGCAUGCCCCUCAACUAAUACUUUGUUGAAGCACCUUUUGAUUUUAUUUCACCACUCAGUCUUUUUGGCUAAGAGUCGAUCAGCGUGGCACAUAUUGACUUGGCAAUAUUUUCCCACUCUUUCUUGCAAAAACAUUCUAGAUCCAUCGAAUUGUGAGGGCAUCUGCUGUUCACAACCCGCUUCAGGCCACCCCACAGAUUUUUAGUUGGAUUCAGGUCUGGGCUCUGGCUAAGCCCUUCAAAAACAUUGAUCUUCUUUUGGUUAAGUCAUUCCUUUGUUGAUUUGGAUGUAUGCUUUGGGUCAUUGUUGUACUCAGAUAUGAAAAGAAAUUUCACCUUCAGUUUACUAGCAGACACCUGAAUGUUUUACACUAAAAUUGACUGGUAUUUGUAGCUAUUCAUGAUUCCCUCGACCUUGAUAAAACCCCAGUUCUGGCUGAUGAAAAGCAGCCCUAAAGCACAAUGCUGCCACCACCAUGCUUCACCAUGGGGAUGGUGUUCUGGUGUUUUUUUUUUUUUUUUUUUUGCACCAAACAAACAUAACUUUUGGAAUUGCUCUCAUUAGACUAUAGCACAUUUUGUAACAUAGUUUGGUGAGAUUUAGUUUGAUUUAGAGCUUGGAUGUUUUUUGUGAGAAGGGGCUUCCUUUUAGCCACCCUACCCCAUCACCCAGACAUGUGAAGAACUUGAGAGAUUGUUGUCACAUGCAGAGAGAUAUUCCUGCAGCUCCAUUAAUGUUGCUGUAGGUCUCUUGGUAGCCUCCCUGGUAAGUAUUUGUCUUGUUCUUUUAUAAAUUUUGGAGGGAUGUCCUAUUCUUGGUGAUGUCACUGUGGCACUCCAUUUUCUCCACUUGUUUAUGAUGGCCUUCACAGUCUUUUGGAAAUUUUCUGUACCUCUCUCCUGAUCGAUACCUUUCGACAGUGGGACCUAUACAGGCUUUGUAAGCUCUUUGCAGACCAUGGCUUCAGAAGUCAGAUGAAACCAAGAAGAUGUGAAGAAAAUCCUACAGAAACAGCUGGUCUUUAUUUGGGGUUAAUCAGAAUAAUUUCAUUGAUGAAAGCUGUAUGAUGAUUACUUUUGAGCAUGAGACUGAAUGCUUUUUAUAUCCUGUGUGUGUGUGUGUUUAUACAUUUAUGUAUAUACGCACAUGUAUACAAUGCUUUUACUUCACAGUGCACGCACUGAACGCAAUAAAGACAGUGUGGAAUCUUGUCCCACCAGGUCUGACGGGGUUAGAGAUGAAUCUUGGUGCUCUGGUUUCAACCAUCUGCAAAGCAGUUGCUGUCUUCUCUCCUGAAGACUUGCCUGUGGUGGAAAACUAACCAUUACAACAUGCUGACACUGGAGACUCCUUCCAUUAUAUCCUUCAAUUAUAUAUUCUUCUUUGUUAGAUAACAAAUCUGUUUAUUAUUACGAUUAGAUUAUGUACAGCAUCAACCAUACAAGUCCCCUGUGAAUGGGUUGUUACUUCAGAAACGAUAAAUGAGACAUUUUUUGAAAGAUGCAAACCACCGUAGAACCUGUCAGCAUGUAUGUUUGUUCAUGCAUUAUUAAAUUUUGUGUGUGUGUUUAAAGGCAGCAGCAGUGAACCAGCUGAACGAGAUGAAGAGAGGCAUGUGAUGUGUACUCCGUCAGGCAGAUUAAGGACCACACAUACCAGCAUGUUGUAGAUCUUCUGCACUGCUAGCGUGAACCCAUGCCUCUGGCUGUGUGAGAAGUGUUGGCUUAUGCAACGAAGAAACAGUGGGACAAUCUGGUGCCCAGAAGUCUGAAAAGUGUGUACGUGUGUGUACAGAGCAUGAGGUCUGACCAGCUGUAGGAGAAAAGAAAUUUACAAAGUAAGAACUGAAGGAGUGUUGAAUAACAUCCGAUGAACGUGCCUGGUGGAAUACUGAGGAUCGCUCACUUUAUAACAUGUGGGUGGACAUAGAGGUGCUUUUGCUUGAUCUACACUCUUUCCCUCAGCACUGACAGGCUCACGUUAACCAUCACUUUCUGGGGGGGGUGUCCCCUGGUAUAACCCCCCAGCAACUGGGAUAUAAAGAGGAAACGAGGAAGUUGGUGAACCAGGGUUGGAGUCGGUCUUCUUACAGAAUGUUCUGGUAGGGAUAAAUGCCAGUUUGUAAUAGUUGAUCACUAAGAAAACACACUAACUGUUGAACUUGGAUCAUGCAAGUAGCCUAAAUCCACUUGGCAAGUUAUUAGGCCUGCCUCUUCUCUUCGGACUGGGGUGGCGCCACCAAAAUUGGCCAUUUUUCCUUGACUUGUGCUUUGCGCUUCUUUCUAAACAUCACCUCGGGACUUUGUCUACCUUUUGCCUUGUGGUUGUGGUCUUUACUUUCUGGGUGUUGUGGCGUGUGUGUGUGUGCUUUUUAAUAACCCAUAAUUGACCAUGGGGUGCCGGCAGAGUUCGGAGGAAAAAGAGGCAGCCAGGCGCUCAAGGCGCAUCGACCGGCACCUUCGCUCAGAGAGCCAGCGACAGAGACGCGAGAUCAAACUGCUGCUCCUUGGUACCAGCAACUCGGGCAAGAGCACCAUUGUCAAGCAAAUGAAGAUUAUCCACAGUGGUGGGUUCAAUCUUGAAGCCUGCAAGGAAUACAAACCACUGAUCCUUUACAAUGCCAUUGAUUCGCUCACACGCAUCAUCCGAGCUCUCGCCACGCUCAAGAUCGACUUCCACAACCCUGACCGGGCCUAUGACGCUGUCCAACUCUUCGCCCUCACGGGUCCUGCUGAGAGCAAGGGAGAGAUCACACCCGAGCUUCUUGGUGUAAUGAAACGCCUGUGGGCUGAUUCAGGAGUUCAGGAGUGUUUCCAGCGCUCCAACGAGUAUCACCUUGAGGACAACACUGCCUACUACCUGAACGACCUGGACAGGAUCUCGGCACCCGAGUACAUCCCGACUGUGGAGGACAUCCUGCGUUCCCGUGACAUGACCACCGGCAUCGUGGAGAACAAGUUUACCUUCAAAGAGCUCACCUUCAAGAUGGUGGAUGUGGGUGGGCAGCGCUCAGAGAGAAAGAAGUGGAUCCACUGCUUCGAGGGCGUAACUGCAAUUAUAUUCUGCGUGGAGCUGAGUGGCUAUGACCUCAAGCUUUACGAAGACAACCAGACGAGUCGCAUGGCAGAGAGUUUGCGUCUGUUCGACUCCAUCUGCAAUAACAACUGGUUCACCAACACCUCGCUCAUCCUUUUCCUCAACAAGAAGGACCUGCUGGCUGAGAAGAUCAAGCGCAUCCCACUGACCGUCUGCUUUGCUGACUACAAGGGCCAGAACACCUAUGAGGAAGCGGCCGUGUACGUGCAGCGCCAGUUUGAGGACCUGAACCGCAACAAAGAGACAAAGGAGAUCUACUCACACUUCACCUGCGCCACUGAUACCAGCAACAUCCAGUUCGUGUUCGAUGCCGUCACGGACGUGAUUAUCCAGAAUAAUCUUAAGUACAUCGGCCUGUGCUAGGACCAGGGGAUGGGGUUGGGUGGGUGGGGAGGGGAGAGAGACAUAUAUCUGGCCUCCCUCACUUGAUUGUUAUAGUGCCAUGGAACCAUGAUGAGAAUGGGGACAGGAUAGGUGCUGCCACCUUGUUCAAGUUAUUAACCAUGAAAAGGUAAUGGUUAAGAAUUUUGCAACCUUGGUAUACAUGUGUUUGCACUGAAUUCAUGAACAUAUAGACACACACACACACACACAUACACACACACACACACACUUUUGCUUUUGUUUACUCACAGAAAACUUGGAAUUGAUUGUCAAGUACCUGUUUGACAUGGAAACACUGGUACCUUAAGAAGACAGACAUCCCACCAAUUCCUUUCUGGCUUACCAAACCUCUAAGAUAGAGCAAGACCUCACCGUCCUCACAGUCCGAACUCUUCUGUUCUGUUCUGUCCUUUUAGGCUGUUCGAUUUACAAAAAUUGAGUAAUGCUACUUUGGAAUAAUGUUUUUAACAAGUCUUUGAAAGAGUUUCGUUUUUUAAAUGACCAUUUUAGAGAAUACAUGACCUACACAAGCGAGAUAACAAAAGUCCUGUGAAAUUAUUAUAAAUUAUUAUUACUUUUCCAUUCGUUUCCUUCCAAAGGUGAAAACUGCCUGUACAAUGCUGAAAUAAUGCAGCUUUUCACACAUUAACACUCAUAUCACCCAUAAAAAAUGCUGUUUUGGUUUUCUUUUUGUAUUUUUUUUUCCUUUCGUCUAAAUUAGGUUGUACUUUGCUUCCAGUUUAAGAGCAAAUGUCUGAUUUUCCAAGAGUGUUACGUCUGAGUUGAGUAUUAAGAGUUUCGUGAAGAUCAUUUCACUUUCCAAAAGAGACAUAAAUAGUGCCAAUGUAAAUGUAAAUAAAUAACAGACCCACCCAAAACCAUUUUGGUUUUUACUUAAAAAUGUCAAAACAUUCAAAUAUGCAUGAUUUUGUUACUUUGUAAUUUUGAUAAAUUAUAGUUUGAAUUGUUUACUUAUAUUUUUGAUUUUACAAAUAUACUCCCAUACACACACACACACAUAUA